CUGCUGACAGCUCCGUGUCGCUCCCUCGUGUCCCGGCUCCAGCUCAGCCUGCGGGUCAGCGACGCCCCCGACCUGAGCGCCGGUGUCAGCUGCCUCUUCGGGAACCUGAGCGAGGUGGAGGGACAGGUUUCGGGCAGCCAGGUGGUCUGUGUGUCACCAGCGGCCAGGGACGUGCCUGCUAUUCCUGUGGAUCAAGACUGGUUCGGUGUCGUGCUCCAGCUGAAAUCCCGGGAGACCGGCAGGACCUUCGUCAGCACCGAGUUCAAAUUCUACAACUGCAGCGCCCACCAGCUGUGCCUGUCCUGUGUCAACAGCGCUUUCCGCUGCCACUGGUGCAAAUACCGAAAUCUGUGCACGCACGACCCCACCACCUGCUCCUUCCAGGAGGGACGGAUCAACACCUCYGAGUACCUCUAUGAUGGGAUGGACAUCAGCAACCUGGCCGUGGACUUYGCUGUGGUUUGGAACGGCAACUUCGUCAUUGACAACCCGGAGAAUCUGAAAGUGCAUCUGUACAAGUGCGCGGCGCAGCGCGAGAGCUGCGGGCUGUGCCUCAAGGCCGACCCCAAAUUCGAGUGUGGYUGGUGCAGCGGGGAGGGGCGGUGCACCCUGCGGCCCCACUGCRGCUCCCGGCCCUGGCUCGACUGGUCCAGCCACAACGUCAAGUGCUCCAACCCGCGCAUCACUGAGAUCCUGACGGUGUCGGGGCCCCCGGAGGGAGGCACCAGGGUGACCAUCCGCGGCGUGAACCUGGGCCUGGACUUCUCGGAGAUCGCCCAGGGCGUGCAGGUGGCCGGGGUGCCCUGCACGCCCCUGCCCGAGCACUACGUGGUGGCAGAGCAGAUCGUCUGUGAAAUGGGGCAGGCGCUUCCAGGGAUCAGCUCCGGCCCAGUGCUCCUGUGCAUCGGAGAGUGCAAGCCCGAGUUCACGGCCAAGUCGGCGCAGCAGUACAUGUUCGUGACUCCAGCCGUGAGUUUCCUGAGCCCCAGCCGUGGCCCUGAAUCCGGAGGGACCAUGGUGACAAUCUCUGGCCACUACCUUGGAUCUGGCAGCCGCGUGUCCGUGCUCCUGGGAAACCAGACCUGCCGAUUCCACGAGCGAUCCAUGAACGAGAUCGUUUGUGUGUCAGCGCCCUCAGCMCACGGCCUGGGGGCUGUUCCCGUCUCUGUCAGCGUGGACAGGGCUCAGCUGGAGAGGACUUUGCURUUUGAGUACAUCGAUGACCCGAAGGUGCAGCACAUCGAGCCCGAGUGGAGCAUCGCCAGCGGCCACACACCCCUGACCAUCACCGGCUCCAACCUGGACGUGAUCCAGGAGCCCAGGAUCCGUGUCAAAUACAACGGGAAGGAGUUUGUCAACGUGACCUUUGCAGAGCUGCAGACGGACAUCAAUGAGCUGACCAGCGACCUGGACCGCUCGGGCAUCCCCUACCUGGACUACAGGACCUACGCCAUGCGGGUGCUGUUCCCGGGCAUCGAGGACCACCCUGUGCUGCGGGAGCUGGAGGUCCAAGGGAACGGGCAGCAGAGCGUGGAGAAGGCCCUGAAGACCGAGUCGGUGGCAGAGAAGAUGCUGACGAACUGGUUCGCCUUCCUGCUCCACAAAUUCCUCAAGGAAUGUGCUGGAGAGCCCCUGUUCAUGCUCUACUGUGCCAUCAAGCAGCAGAUGGAGAAGGGACCCAUCGAUGCCAUCACGGGCGAGGCGCGCUACUCGCUGAGCGAGGACAAGCUCAUCCGGCAGCAGAUCGAGUACAAGACCCUGAUCCUGAACUGUGUGAACCCAGACAACGAGAACAGUCCCGAGAUCCCCGUGAAGGUGCUGAACUGYGACACCAUCACCCAGGUCAAGGAGAAGAUCCUGGACGCCGUGUACAAAAACGUGCCCUACUCGCAAAGACCGAGAGCUGUGGACAUGGAUUUGGAGUGGCGGCAGGGCCAGAUCGCCCGCGUGGUGCUGCAGGACGAGGACAUCACCACCAAAAUCGAGGGUGACUGGAARCGCCUCAACACCCUGGUGCACUAUCAGGUGUCAGAUCGCUCCGUGGUGGCUCUGGUUCCCAAACAAACCUCCUCCUACAACAUUCCWGCCUCUGCCAGCAUCUCCCGCACGUCCAUCAGCAGAUACGCUGAUUUACGAUCGAUCCCCGCGCUYUUGAUGAGGAGGGGAACGCUGCAGAAGUUCGUGGAUGAUCUGUUUGAGACKCUGUUCAGCACGGUGCACCGCGGCAGCGCCCUGCCCCUCGCCAUCAAAUACAUGUUUGAUUUCCUGGACGAGCAGGCGGACAAGCACGGCAUCCACGACACCGACGUCAGGCACACCUGGAAGAGCAACUG